CCUCUGUUUAUUCUCAUGUCUUCGUACAAGAGUGCUGAAUCCCUUAAGACACAUCUUGACCACACUGUUGAGAGAUCUGCCAUGGGACCUGGUGGACCUGGAGGACCUGGUGGACCUGGUGGACCCGGAGGACCAGGGUUCUUGCCACCGGGAGGACCGGGGUUCUUGCCACCCGGAGGGCCUGGGUUCUUGCCACCCAUUGGCGGUUUCUUUUCUGGGUUUUCAGACAUGAUAUGUUCCUGCCUAUCUUGUCUGUGCUGCUGCUGGCUGCUACGAGAUUGCUUUGGAGGACCACCACCACAAGGACCGCCACUUCUUCCUCCCUAUUACUGAUCGCAUCUGGCUACAUUAUAAAUAAUAACUUGUUUGUCAAAUUCAAUCUCAUAGACGUAUUCAGAUACUUCAAAUAUCUGAAUUUCUGCGUUGUCUGGAUAUAUACUCUCAAAAAGAAAUGAUCAAUUUAAUUA